AUGUCAAAGAGUCAAGUGGGGUGUCUCUUGUUGAUAUUGCUGAGUGUUUCAGCAUUUCACGAUGGAGUUCUAGGAGCAAGAAAUCUGAGAGAGAAACUGGAAGAUAAGGAGAAAACCCAAGAUGGGAAAGAAAGUUCUAAGAUUGAAGAUAAUAAUGGCUAUGUUUCGAAUGUCAAAAGAAGGGUGCCCUCAGGUUCUGACCCCAUACACAACAGUAUAGUUCAAAUAUAG